AUGAACCGAGCCAUUUUGAGCUGCCUGACUUUCAGCACACGGGCUGUCUUCCUAAGGCUUCACGCUAAAAAGUAAGACGAUGUUUGCUUGAGAGAAGAUCAAUGUGCAGGAGGGGGCAUUUAAAAUGGCCAGCAACCAAGCAAUACUGUUUCUCUUCUAUGGAGGAAUCUGGAAAUCGCUUUCUACGGCACUACCCCAAGAUGUUUCCCUGAGUAAAAGAAAUGCAUACACCAGUAUGAGGGCUCCAAUAGAAGACAAAGCUCCUCUACAUCAACUGCAAGCAACCGGGCCCAGUUUACACAAAUCUGGAAGAGCAGUGACUGUUACGACACCGCCCCAGUUCCCCAAAGCAGACGCAGAACCUAGCGAUGGAAGCUGGAUAGCGGCACUGAUAAUUGGCAUCAUUUUGAUCAGUAUGAUAAUGGCUAUCGUUAUAAUUCUUCUGUGGAAAUGCUGCAGGAGGCCAGUUCUAGUUGAUUCAAAUUGGGCAGGUCGUUCUCCGUUUGCAGAUGGAGACACACCAGAUGUCUUUAUGGAGUCUGACCAGGCUACCAAACGUUCAUCGGUUUUAUUUAUGUUGCCUUGGAAACUGAAACAAGAGACAAACUUACAGGGUGAGCUCACUGCUUCGGAGAAACCAUCCAACUGCACUACCAGCAACGCCACCAGGCAGCUGCCUCCCCCAGCAGCAGGUUGCUCUGCAGCCUCCAGCCCCCAGGCAGCCCCAGCUCCCGCCCCAGAAGCGGAGAACUGCGCACGCGACUCCUGUCCUCACGCCGCGGCUCUCCCCGAAUCCCCAGAUCUGCCUCCUCCGCCUGCCUGGCUGACGGAACCAGCCGAGGAGCACAGCUCAGGUCUCGGCAAGCACCCGGAGUUUCACCCAGACACAGAGGAGCAACUGCCCCCGCCGCCCGAGUUACUUCAUCAAGAGACGCACGAACCACCGCCCCCGCUGCCCCAGCCAGAACACCCCUUGUAGACUGCCAAAAUUGAUUUCCAGCACACUUUACUUUUUUUUUUUUUUUUUUUUUCUUUAAAUGAAGUAUUCUUCAAACAACUGAAAAAAGGAGAAGUUGACGCAGGCAAGAACAGUGAGACCGCAGCACGGGCACUUCCCCAGCGUUUCUUAACUUCAGCUUUCACAAAAGGGAACAACCUGCUUCUGCUUGAAGCAAAUCAUUUCAAAAUGCAAUAGGGGUUGUGCUCACGAGCUGCCGGUCACCAGUGAUUCCAGAUUUUGGAGACUGCAGAAAACAGAGUACGCGUACUUUGUGUGUCGGGAUGUACAUUCGUGUAGCAUACGCGUAGACGUGGGGCUUUCAAGAAACAGCUUUAGAGGUACCCAGAGCUUCUAAAAAUUGUUUGUUCUCCUAGGCUGUGUAAGCGGAUGCAAUGAAUUCAAGUUCAUUUUAAUAAAGGUUUCUAAUUCAAAGCUGUUUCGGUCACUUAAAGCACAACUGAGUAUUUGCUUAGACACAAAGCUUUGAAUUCCAAAUGAAGUCCAAAAGCC